CAUUUGGAGGCCGUUGGGAGGCACAUCCUCUCCACAUCCCGUCCACGUAGUAGACGCACCGAAGGUGCCCCACGUCCCGUUGGAGACAGUGAAUGGUUGGGCUUAGCAAUUGGAAAGUAAUAUUCACUGGCACGGGAAGCGGGGGCCCCGACUCCCCGACUUGGCCCGAGUCCCCGACUCCCCGUCACUCACAAUCAAAAUGGCUGGAUCGAGCUGCGCUGGAUCCGGCCUUUGGCUUACUCGCUCUUGUCUAAGGACCGAUAAGCGUAUCCAGUCUACACGUGCAAACACAUAUUAGUAUCGACAGCUCCGUCGCCAGCUUGGGCGAUAUGUCGAACCCCAAAACGCCUGGCAUAAAGGGCCAGAAGGCAGCAAGAAUACAAGUACACGACAAUUUCAAUGAACAUUUAGCUGCGAGCUCCAUGUAUGGCUCGAGCUCGGCAGAAACACGUUCGUUGUUGACCCCUGGCCUUCGGCUCGGACCGCCUCAGAGGACGCCGGCGCUGGCGUUGCAGCGGCCGACAGGGUCGAUUGCGACAAGCACGGGCCCCCAGCGUGUGGCAGCCGCGCCGGCACCCUCCAGCCACAGUGGCGGCGUCGACCGCUCCCUCUCGUGCCGCGCCCCUUCUCAGCCCACCCUAUCACACCAGGUUUUUAAAACACCGGUCAAGAGUGCCUCCGCGAGCUCCGUUCACGUGGACAGCCUGUGCACUGAGUUCCGGUCCAAGACGGCGCUGCGGGUGCCGGCCGACCGGCCGGCAAAGGACCAGCCGCAGCUGAGCGGCCUGGCGACAGGAGUGCUCAAGCCGCGCAUCCGACCAGGCGACGACGCAUGCUGGUUCAGCCCACCGCGCGGGGGCCGAAACCUGAGCCGAGAGCUCCGCGGUCUGGGCGUGGACUCUGGCUUUGGCGGCAGCGAGGCGGCAGCCGAAGCCACGCGGUUCGCCGUACCCACCACAUCAGCGGCCUCCACUGCCACCACCACCUUCGCCGCACACCCGUGCAGCUCCUACCAAAGCGGCGGCAGCAGCGGUGGCGGAGGCAGUGCGGCCUGGGCUGCGUCUGCAGGCCCUGGGGGGUCUUGGCAGGCCACACCCUCAACCGCAACCGCGACUGCCAGCGCCGCCGCCGCUACCAGUGCUGCGGCUGCCCCUGGCUCCGCACAGCUUCCGGUCGCCGUGUCUGCAGGCGCGCCGCCGCUCGUGUGCGGCGGCGGACACAGGACACACGACACCGCCACCAGCGCCGUGUCUCAUGGUGGUACUGGUGCCGGUGCCGGUGGCGGUGGCGGUGGUGGCCGUAGCUGCAGCGGGGGCGGUUGUGGCGGCACGGCCGCUACAAGCACCAGCAGCCAUAUGAGCAGCGGCAAGGUGUGCCCCUCGGCGAGCGGCGCCACAGAGGCGAGUGGCGGCCUCAGCGGCGGGAACAACGCCACCGGCGCUGAUAGCCUUGCACAGCCCCACUGCCCGCCAGCCAGGGCUGGAGGCUGCGGGCCCGCGGCCGUGCCCGUGCCCGCGGCCGCAACCCUGGUAGAGCGGGAUGGCGUGCCAGCUGCGGCCUCUGCUGCAAUGCCCUUGAAUGGCAUCACCGCGCCUGCGGCUCCGAGCCGGGGUGAAGCCCACACCGCGCCAGUAGGUGGCGUCACUGCGGCGGCGGCGGCGGCGGCCGCGGGAGGCACGUCGUCGCAGCGGCGUGUGGCAGCGGUAGCCUCUGAGGCGCCAGCCGGAAGUGGGGCGCACAGGGCCGCCAGCGAGGGAGCCACACACAGCUACAAUGGGGAGCACCUGGCGGCGCCACAGCAGCAGCAGCAGCAGCAGGCGCUGGGCAGCGUGAAACUCUUCAGCCCGGUGAAGGCGGGCCGCGCCCACAGGGAGAAGCUGGGCACGGACGUGGUCCUCACCCCAGUCCGUCGCUCUGCUCGCACCAGCCAGAAGCCCACCACGCCAAUCGGUGCGCUGCUGGAGAUGACCAAUUUUGCAUUUGUCAACAAUUCCUACUUGAAUGCGGAGUAGCGGCUGCACUGACGUUCUGGCAUAAGCUGAUUGUUUCGUCUGAGUUGUCGCUGAUGCCCCAGUUUAGUGCAGCAUGUAAAAAAUGUUUAUGUGCACCUUCUGGGCCUGGGUUGUCGUAAGACGGAUGCAUGCACAAACGGACGGCGAGACUUCAUCGCGUGCAAGUGAAGGCUCCGGAUGCGGCGAGGGCUGCGGCAAGCAGCCACUGUAAUACCAACGGCAU